AUGGCUAAAGAGAGUGCGCCUCCUAAGCGACGGAAACUAGCACAAGAUGUUGUAGCCAAGCAGGAAGAGAUUUUGCGGGAGCAGCGAUUUAGUGUGGAUGCGUUCAACAAGCUGCUGGACGAGUACAGGGUCAGUGAACAACUGUCUGAGUUAUGGGAGACCUACGAUCGAAUGCUGGUUGUAUUUCCGCGAAGCGGCGAAGUUUGGACAAGCUAUGCUAAAGAUCUUAUGGAUAAAGGUGAAUUAAAGCGCCUAGAGAAGCUUUUUUCCAAGGCUCUGCCGAUUGUGCCCUAUGUGCCCCUGUGGAGCACGUACAUUGCUCAUGUUCAGCAGGCAACUGCCGGCAACCCCGAUGGUGCUGCCACUGUUUCUCAAGCAUAUGAAUACACACUGGAUAAAGUCCAAUACGACUCCCAAAGCGGCCAGAUUUGGGCCCAGUACAUUGACUUCCUGGACGGGCUUCCUGCAGCGAGUUCGUGGGAAAAGCAACAUAAAAUGGACGAAAUGCGUAAAGCCUACCGCAGAGUGGUGUUUUUACCGGUAAGCAAUAUUGAGCAGCUUUGGAGAGCUUAUAAUGGAUUCGAAAACUCGGUCGCUCGUACCGCUGCGCGUAAGUUUAUCGACGAACGAUCGGCAGGAUAUAUGCAUGCUCGAAGUGUGGUUAGAGAAUUGGCCAAUUUGACUAAAGACCUGAAUACGACAACUCUGCCGGCGCCCAGAGAGUUCAAUGAUGCUGAAAAAAAACAGCUGACACUUUGGCGGAAACUGAUAAAUUUUGAAAAAUCAAACCCUCUCACCACCGACAAUGAAACCGUGCAGGCACGCGUUUUAUACACUUUUCGGCAAGCGCUAAUGUCAAUGCAGUUUUUCAGUGAACUGUGGUUCGAGUAUGCUGCGUAUUGUGAGCAGAUCGGCCAAACAACUGAUGCAGUUGAGGGUUUACAGCUCGGCCGCGAAGUCAACCCCGAUUCUUUCUUUUUGACCAAUCGCUUGGCGGAGCUUUAUGAGGAAAAAGAUGACUAUGAUAGUCUGGAGAAAGUCUAUCGUGGUCUGAUUGCUAGCCUGCAGAACAGGUCUGAGAUCGAUGGUCUGGCUGUCACGGUUGCCUUUUCAGAGCUAGUUAGGGCUACAAAGAGAAUGCAAGGUAUCGAGCGGGCCCGUGAAGUGAGCAAAGAAGGACGUUUGUUACCGUACGCUACUUUUCAUAUUUUUGCAACACUAGCAGAACUCGAAAAGCAGGCCGGUAGCACCGAGAUUGCCGCCAGGAUUUACCAAGUGGCCUACACCAAGUUCCGGGAUGCACCACAAUUUGUUAGGACCUAUCUCACAUUUUUAUUUGAGGCAAAUGAUACACGGAAUGCAGAGGUUGUGUUUGAGAAAGCUGCAUCCGAUUUUUCACCUGCCCAGUUACGAUCAUUAUUUGAACUCUAUCUGCAAAAGCAAGCGUCUUAUGGCGACACAAGUCUUUUGUCCAGACUUGAACAGCGCUACUGCGAAUUGUAUCCUGAUGGUCACCCUGUAGAGCUCUACAGUCGUCGAUUCCGCUUGUUUGGCGUCGACCCUAUUGGUGAGGAGCUACAUCUUGAGGGCCCCGCGCCCACAUCACAUGAACUUAUCCCAGUGCCCCAGUCUAUUGUGGACCUAGCUCAGCAAUUACCGCCUGAAGAGAGCUAUGAUGGACCCGAAAUCGAUAUGAACAGGCUUAUUGAGAUCAUUGUAGAAUAUGCUUAA